AUGGUUAGAGGUGCCGCAUACGACCCGGAUAUUGUCCGGCGCUCCAUUCAACAGUCCAACAACUCGACAAACAUGGGUCCAACCACUUUCUUCGACACCAUCGAGCAUAUCAAGAAGGAAUAUCAGCAGCUUCAGCAACAGGUCCACAAGCUGCGAAGCGAUGCCGAAAAGAAGGCGCAAGAGGUGAAUAUGCUCCAGAAACAGAAUCAGGAAGCCUCCAUGCAGAACCAGAACUUCCAAUUGGAGGCUGCCAGACAAGCCGAGAUUGCGAGAAGGAUGCAACAGAUCAUUCAACAAUACAUGAUGCAUCUACCUCAAGAACAACAACAAAGUCUGAUGAGAGGGCUAGAAAGCGCCACCAAAGUCACUACGCAAGUAUGUAUUAUUUUUGUUCAUGCGUUCUUUAGGUACUUGUACAGUUUUAGAUUAGCACGUUUACUUUUUUCAUCGAAAAAUACAAUUUUUUGACCAAAGACUUACUUAUACAGUUUUUGCAAAUUUCUUCGGGUUUUUGUCCAAUUUCAUCCUAUUUUACACUAAUCCUCUUGAAACUGGUGACUGCUUCAUCUGAAUCUCUUUCAAUUUAUCCCAUAAAACACCAAAAAUCCGGGAGUUGUAGGGGAAAUCACCGCUAAAUUCAGCUCAUUCCUAAAACAGUCGGAUUUGUUUCGUGUUUAAUACGCAUGGGACGUCGUCGGUUGUUUAUGCCCUCGUUUCUGCCGCGAACCUGGUCCCAGCCGAAAAUAAGUGGAAGGAUUUGAUCCAUUAGGGGAUAAUCCGCUCGGAAGGGUUAAGAGAAGACGGAUUAUCUUCCUCAAGCCCCUUUGCCUUUGAUUUCUACAAAAAAGGCGGGUAGCCGAAUUGGUAAUGAGAGAUGACAGAGCGAGGGAAAUCUGAGAAUUUUGAGUGGAAAGAAUUCGGGAAUUUCGGAAAGAUUAUAGGCGAUCUGAUAAAAAAAAUAUGGCGGGAAUGUCGAAGUAAAAGUUCAGGUAGAUGAAAAAUGCUAGUAUAUGCAAAUAGAAGAAAUUUAAAGAGGACUCAAGUAAACUUUUGAAUAAAAUCUCAUUUAAAAGAUUAAAUAUUUGAUAUUGUACCUAAAAUAAUGUCUUACAGUGGAGGACCUGGUCCAGUGGCAAAAAACUACCAUUUUGCAUCCGGGAAGUAUCAAAAAUGUGGCAAAAUGCUUCCCUCUCCAAGUGAAAAAACUACGAUUUCAAAAAGCCCUUCAAAACAAAGUUUUUUUUUUCACUUGGAGCGGGAAACAUUUUGCCACGUUUUUGAUGCUUCCCGGAUGCAAAAUGGUACGUUUUUUGACACUGGAUCAGGUCCGUCUCUGUAAAGGCAAACGAAGCGGCUGUAAUUGCUAAAUCAUAAAUUUUUGCAGGACAUCAUGGCGAUCCAACAGCAGCAACAACAGCUUCUGCACGCCAUGUCCGGCCAGCUCCCUCCUCAAUUUAUGGCCAUGAUGGGGAUGGACCUCAAACCCCAAGACGUGAUGGCUCAAAUCGCCGCGAUGCAGAACGCCGCCUUCAGUCCGGCGAUGCAGAUGCAAGCCCAGGCGGCGAUGGCUCAGGUGGCGCAGAUGAACCAGCUCUUCUCGAACCCGGCGGCCGCCGCUCAGGCCGCUCAAAUGAUGGCCGCCGCGCUCCCGGCCAGCUCCAUGGCCCAAAUGGCCGCCAUGCAACAACAUGCUCAGCCCAAACAACCCCUGACUUCCACGCCGAUCAGCAGCAGCGCUCAAUUGCCCACCACACCCAUGUCGUCGGCUACGAUCGGCCAAGGUGCAGCUAGUCCACUUCAACGAGCUGCAUCAUCGAGAAGUGGAUCAACCGCGGGCACUCCUUUGCCCAAAAAGUUCAAAAUGGAAGAGCCGGUAAGUAGCUUUAUUUAUCUUGAUCUAAGAGUGGGAUUAUGAAAUUAGAGGGCGUAUGGUUUUUAUAUUGUAGUAGCAUCUAAAAUAAGGUCCGAAAUUUAAUUUUAACCUAAAAUAAGAUUAUAGUCUUCAAACUGGAGAUGUUUUUGUUGUUGUAGUACAAGUAGUUACGAAAUUUAAAAAUUUCGGGGUAUUUUGGAUAUUGUGGGUAAUAAAUGCCUACUCUAAAGUAAGGUGAAUAUUUUUGCCCUCGGCCUGAAAUAAGUAUGGUUGUUUUGAUGGGUAAAACAAGGCUGAGUCUGUUUUUAAGCUGCUUAAAAUUGUGUUUUUGUCUGCCAUAAAUCGUGUUUAUCUUCCUGAACCUAAAAUAAACCUCAUGUUUUCAGCAAUCGCGGCCAAUUUCCACCUCGGCCAAGUCGGACAAAUCGGAUGAGGGCGGUCUGGUGAUCGACGUCCAAAACGAAGACCAACAACAACAGAACAACUACCUGAACUCGAGUUCCAUGCUCCCCUCCACGAACGGCAUCAACGGCACAUUGGCCGCCGUCUAG